GUGCAGCCAGCCACCGUUUACGGAAUCGAUUUCAGUGGAGCGUCCGAUGCUGGCAAGAAGUUGCUUAUAGCUCGCUGCGAUUUGCAAAGAUCGCGCGUUGGGUGGACGUUGACCGUCGUGUCCAUCCGUGCUGCAAGAGACCUUCCAGGUGGUGGCUUGAGCCCCGAGACCGCCACGGCAGCACUUCGGUCAGAAUUGUUGGAGGUCGCGAAAUCCCAAGCACAGGUCAUUGUGGGCGUCGAUAGCCCGCCAAGCAUUGCCAAACAGUUCAUUGCAGAGAAAGAUUGGGUGACAUGGGUGGCAAAAUUUUCACGCAGCUAUCCUACACCGGCUGCUUUUCGGAACUCUACGUCACUGCUGCGUACCGGGCCCGACAAAAAGUCACGCGUCGAGCCCAAGAGGGUGACAGACGUGAGGCAUAAGACGCCUUUGGCCCCUCAGAAUUUACGGAUGUACAAGCAAACCUGGUGGGCAAUAACUGGUGUUUAUUUCCCACUGGCGCAGAAUGGGUUUUGCGUUGCACCAUGCAUGCCGAUUUCAAGGAGCCAGAAACAUUUGUUACUGGAAAGCUGUCCAGCUUCGCUAUUGAAGCGCCUGGACUUGUAUUCGAAGCCGUACAAGGGAAAGGAUGUCAAGCACGGACUGCGGCGUCGUUUCAUCAUGAAAUCGCUCAGGAAAGGCAUUCCAGUGGGAGGCAGGAGCAAAUCGACGCUGCGUGUGGAUUUCGGUGACAGGACAUUGACUCAGAAGCUUCUGACGGAUGCCGGCGCUGAUUCCCUGGAUGCUGUUUUGGCAGCCAUGGGUGCGGCCUGUUCUGUACGGCGAAACAGUUUCCCAGCACCAGAAGACGGAGAAUUGCUUGACGUGUACAAACUGGAGGCAUGUGUCUACAGCUGA